UAUCAUUACUAUUAUUCAAACUCUUCUUUUAUGUAUAACUGAUAACUUCAGUCUGGUCAGUUAUAUAUGCGUUUUAACCAUUACUGUUAAACAAUGUUUUUUAAAGUUUUGUAAGUUCUAUUUACUUUGACGGUCGAUAGCAGUAUCAUGAUCUGGUGAUGGCUUUAGAGAAUGAAAUAUCUUCUUCAGAUACGUUAGAAAGAUCGAAUGUUACUUCGUUGCAAUCGGAUGAUCGUUCAACAAAAAUUCAGAAGUCUCCAGAGUUGAACAGCCACAAUACUAACCUUAACCCACAACAAAAUUGCUUUUAUCAGCAGCAUACAUUAGGCAAAGUUAAACUCAUUCCUUGCCCUGUGCUGAAUUCUAAUUUCGAGCCAACACGCCAGUGUCUUUGUCAACAAUUUCAGCUCGGCGCAUAUUAUCCGCCCAACCAGAAUGUCGAUGGUAAUGAAAGAAAAGAAAAACGGCGGUUUAACUUGAAGUGGCCCCGACAGAGCUAUGUGAAUAAAAAAGAUAAGUCUUACGAAGCGAAGUUCAAAAAUAGGCCAUAUUUUCGCAAUGACAAGCCUUUUGCAUGCUACGGCGUAUUGGAAGGAAUGCCCCGAAAGAAAACUUCUCGAUUCAAAUACGUAAUAGGGAGUUCCGCGAAACACAGAUUGAAUCCGCACAACGACGUAGACAGCGAUCAGCCAGAAAAGAUAGAAAUCUAUUAUUUCGAUCAUGGAAACUCGGGAUACUACCAUACCACGGACUUACCCCCUAUUCUGAAGACGGAGAAGUUCGCCGAGGAAACCAGCUCUAAAAUUACUCAAUUCUGGGCCGAGAUAUUUGGCUACGUGCACAUUAUAGUUUCCGUCAUUACGGCACUCGUACUGCAAUUCUUGCGCUGCAUACUUUUCAGCCUGAUUAGACCUCUGACGGUCGGCGUAAUCCAGCUGAUGGCAGACUACUUCAUAAAGCCUCUGCUUUCUAUAACGUUCAACGGACUCAUACAGCCCUUCUUGAUUUUAUUCUACAACGUGGCCACGUCACUCCGCGACUGUUGCGAACCCCUAGCCACGGCUCUAGGCUACUACAUGAGGGAACUGGCGGUGCUCUUUCGAUCCUGUCGGCUGAUCGAAAUAAACCACGGCGAUAGAGGCAUCGCCAACACAUGAAAGCGGGGGUUCGAAGUACACUGAAGAUAACGAAUGAGAUAGAAGUAAUUUAACACCAGGUAUAUAUUUGUUUUUCAAUAUAACUUUACAAUAUUAUCAUCGUUUCGCGCUUUGUAUUUUUUCUUCUUUUAUACAGAACAAAUCAUCUUCAUAUCAUUACUCAUUUAUAUAUUCUCACUCAUCGCUCGCAGGGACUAACUUAUAAUUCGUCAAUAACUCGGUUUAUCUUCUCGCUUCAGCGCACUUUUCUCGCAAUAAAUUAUGUACAAUCUCACAAACAGCAAACGAAGGAACCUAAUUACAUCGUACAGUUUCUUUUUUUCUCAUUUCUCAUAAUUUGCUAUUUACAGGUACUACUUGUGUGUUUUAUCUCUCCGUCUCGCUAUGUAUAUAUUGUGUUUAUUAUGUAUCUGCGUGUGUCUCCUCCAGAUCCACGUCUACGCUCAGACAGAGUGAGGCAGAGGGGAAGAGAGCGAGCGAGUGACAGA